UUAAUUCAAAAAUAUUUAAAAAUUUCAUUUAUUAGUCAUUUUGAGACACAAUUAGUUUAACAAUGAUUUUGAAUGCUUUAAGACAUAGGUUUAGACACUAUAUCUUCAGUGACAUCACUGCUAAACAUUUGAGUCAAUUCAGUCAAUUGAAGAGUCACUCAAAGAUCCAAUCAGUUGUUUCACUUCUUAAUCAAUAUAACUUCAAUGAUCAUCAAAUCGAUGCAAUCAUCCAAUCAAUUGGCAAAUAUAUUGCUGAAGAUAAACAACUAAACCAUGUGGUGAUUAAGGAUACCAUUGACUGUUGGCGAUCAAAAUUAAGACCACCGACUCUACGAACCAAUCAAUUAGACAAAGUUAAUGCCGAAGACAUUGAUUUCGAUAUGUCGGUUGACUUUAAUCACGUCGUCUCCAAAAUAGAGCCCAAACUUCUUCUGAUGAAUGCAAAUGCCAUUGAUUUCAGAUAUGAUAAUCUUCUUAAUAUAGGAAUAAUGGGCGGAAAUAGAGAUAUGUGGAGAGUCUUUGUUUACGCACCAAAUGGUUAUUAUCUUCAGGAUUGGACUGAAUUUCUUAAGAAAUUUCAUUAUUUGAAUCAUCAGAUUUUGGUGUGGCUUUUAGACAAAAAAGAUGUAAACAAUUUACAUCCGCAUCCUAUCGUCAGAAACUCUAAAGUCAUGGAACUAUCCUUUGAAGAAAUUAAAACCCGAUAUCUGUUUGCUUACAGAACGGGACUCAAGUCAGUGACAACCAAUAAAUUGUUGACUAAUAUUAAAGAGUCUAAUAAAGUAGAUUUGAGAGCACUUAUGUUAACACCUAUUGAAAAAUUUCUUAAAAUAAUUGCUCCUAAUUGUACUCCUGAAGAAUAUUUUGCUUUACAGACAUUAAUUAGUGAGAAUCCCAUUGAAGAAGACGAACAAAUUAUUGAAGACGUCGUUGAAUUAACGUUACCUAAGAUGAAACACAUGAAGAAGAAUUUAAAUCCAAAUGAUUUACAACAAAAUCUUGAAAACUUUCAGAUAAUCAGUAAAACAGAAUAAAUUUAUAUCAAUUCAAAAUGUGUGUCAUUUUUAUUAGUUAUAGUAGUUUUAAAUUAUAUAAUUUAUAUUUUGUAUUUUAUAAUCA